GACAGGUACCUGAACCACAUGAGGCUCUCGGAUGGAGUCCUGCAUGAAAUAUCGGACCGCUUCCUGGCCGGGAUGAAGAAAGGUCUGAAUAAGAGCACCAACGCCACGUCCUCUGUGAAAAUGCUGCCAACAUUUGUCAGAUCCACUCCAGACGGGACAGAGAGUGGCGACUUCCUGGCUCUCGAUCUAGGGGGCACUAACUUCCGGGUGCUGAGGGUCAAGAUUUCGGACGACGGGAAGCAGAAGGUGGAGAUCGAGAGCCGGAUCUGUGCCGUUCCGGAAGAACUGAUGCACGGGACGGGCACUCAACUCUUCGAUCAUAUCGCCAACUGCCUUGCGGAUGUCAUGGAGGAACUGAACAUUAAAAAUGAGAAACUCCCCCUCGGUUUUACCUUCUCGUUCCCCUGUCGACAGACCAAACUGGAUGAGAGCAUCUUGGUUCACUGGACAAAGGGAUUUAAGGCGAGCGGAGUCGAGGGACGCGACGUGGUCACUCUCCUCCGUCAGGCGAUUCAGAGGCACGGGGACUUUGACAUCGAUGUUGUUUCCGUUGUCAACGACACAGUGGGGACCAUGAUGACUUGCGGUUACGAUGAUCACAACUGUGAGAUCGGUUUGAUAGUUGGUACAGGCACCAAUGCCUGUUACAUGGAAGAGAUGCAGUACAUUGACCUGGUGGAGGGGGACGAGGGCAGGAUGUGCAUCAACAUGGAGUGGGGAGCCUUCGGAGACUUCGGAGAGCUGGACGACAUCCGGACGGAGUUUGACCGAGAGAUCGACAGAGGCUCUAUCAACCCUGGCAAGCAGCUGUUCGAGAAGCUGAUUAGCGGAAUGUACAUGGGGGAGCUUGUUCGAAUUAUCCUCGUCCAAAUGGCCAAAGAUGGUCUGUUAUUCGCAGGGAAACUUUCACCUCAGCUGCUCAUCAAAGGCCACUUUGAGACCAGAUACGUGUCAGCAAUCGAGAACCAAGCCAGCGUCGACGACUGCGUGGCCACCCAGCGGGUCUGCACCGUCGUGUCGAGUCGCUCAUCGGAUCUCUGUGCCGCCACUCUGGCAGCGGUCCUGAGGCGGAUCAAGGAGAACAAAGAGCUCGAGAGGCUGAGGACCACGGUGGGAGUGGACGGGUCCGUCUACAAGAAGCACCCACAGUUUGCCCGGCGUCUGCACAAGGCUGUGCGUCGCCUCGUCCCGUCGUGCGACGUCCGCUUCCUGCCCUCCGAGGACGGCAGCGGCAAGGGCGCCGCCAUGGUAACGGCGGUGGCAUCCCGCCUGGCCAAGCAGCGGGAGCAGCAGGAGGCGACGCUAGGUGCCCUGGUGCUGAGCGAGGAGCAGCUCCUUGAGGUGAAGCGGCGCAUGCAGGCGGAGAUGGAGCGUGGCCUGGCCAGGGAUGGGCACGCUGCUGCGUCUGUCAAAAUGCUGCCCACCUACGUCCGCUCCACGCCCAACGGGACAGAAAAUGGAGACUUCUUGGCCCUCGACCUUGGCGGGACAAAUUUCCGGGUGUUGCUGGUGAAGCUUCGGAGCGGGAAGCGUCGGGUGGCAGAAGUGCACAACAAGAUCUAUGCCAUCCCUGUUGAUGCCAUGGAGGGCACCGGAGAGGAGCUGUUUGAUCACAUCAUCCACUGCAUCUCGGAUUUCCUGGAUGACAUGGGGAGAAAGCAAUGCGUUCUGCCACUGGGCUUCACCUUUUCCUUUCCUUGCGAGCAGCGGGGCCUCGAUCAGGCCAUCCUUUUGAAGUGGGCGAAAGGAUUCAAAGCGACAGGUUGCGAGGGCAAAGACAUUGUCGAUCUCCUCCGAGAAGCCAUCAAGAGGAGAGAGGAAUUUGACGUGGAUGCGGUGGCGAUUGUCAACGACACUGUUGGAACCAUGAUGUCUUGCGGAUAUGAUGACCCUUUCUGCGAGGUCGGCCUCAUUGUGGGGACAGGUUGCAACGCAUGCUACAUGGAAGAGAUGAAGAAUGUGGAGGUGGUCGAAGGCGAGGAAGGGAGGAUGUGCAUUAACACAGAAUGGGGCGCCUUUGGCGAAAACGGCUGCCUGGACGACAUCCGAACCGAAUUCGACCGGGAAGUGGAUCGGCUUUCGAUGAAUCCGGGCAACCUGACGUAAGGAAGUACAGUUCUCAAAUCCCGAGGCAUCGCUUCGGGAAAUGAGCAAAACCCUUUGGAAUUGUAGGAUGAUUUGUCUGUUACCU